GAGGUAGCGGCCGCGGUGAGGAGAGCCAUGGGACAGGCAGUCAAGGUGACAGGGCCCGAGAAGGGGUGGGGACGAUGCCGUCGGGGAGGGUAUGUUCGCGGCCUUGAGAAAACUGUCUGGAGUCUCUGGAGGCUGGGGCUCCGGACCCUUUACGGAGGAUGUGGCUGUUACCCCAGAGAAGCCAGAUGACCAACUUCGAGGGGCAGUUGAGGGUUUGUGCAGGUGCGGAGAGCGGGAGGCACCAGUGUGGUUCCUACUUCUUGGUACUAACUUGGUUUUACAGCUCUUUAAAACACUGCACAGGACCAGACAACAAGUUUUUAAAAAUGAUGCCAGAGCAUUAGAAGCAGCCAGAAUAAAGAUAAAUGAAGAAUUCAAAAAAAAUAAAAGUGAAACUUCUCCUAAGAAAAUAGAAGAGCUAAUGAAAAUAGGUUCUGAUGUUGAAUUAUUACUCAGAACAUCUGUUAUACAAGGUAUUCACACAGACCACAAUACACUGAAACUGGUCCCUAGGAAAGACCUUCUUGUAGAAAAUGUGCCAUAUUGUGAUGCACCAACUCAGAAGCAAUGAAUUUUCUAGAAUACAACAAGUCUUUGUACUUUUUAACUUUAAAAUCUACAACUCUGGCAAAAGUCCUGGAAAUGCAGACAUUUUCCCUGAACUGGCAUAUUGAAAAUGAAUGAAUUACAGAAUAGCUUCAUAUUUAAAUUUCAUGUUAAAAGGUCAUUACUGAGAACUAAAGAACAUAAUUAAGUAUUUCUAAAGGAAAUUAGAUAAGAAAACAUUUCAUUUUCAUUGAAAAUCAAAUUUCAUAAAGCAAAAUAAAUGCUUAGGGAGAUAUAUUCAAUCUUUGACCUUGAUGAGUAUUUGGUCUUACCAUAGCUAUUUGAGAAUGUGGUGCUUUUACAAAUUGGUGAGUUUUCCUGCCAUGUGAAAUGCAAUUAUUGCAUUUAAAUUGUUAGAUUAAAAUGAUAUUUAGUCCUGAAAAAUAUUAAAUUGGUUAAAAAAAUCACAGUGUAUGCCAGCUCUCUACAGAAAGUGGCCUUUGUUUUCUAAAGCACUGGGAUUAUUUCUGUAGCUAAUAUGUAAUUGCACAGUUUCUUUUUAGAGAUAGAGAGUAUCUCUGUGUUCUUAUGAAGACAUUUUUUAUCAGUUUUCUGAAAAUAGAUGAAUAAAAUAUUAUAGUCACCUAAGGUCACUAUGGAAUAAAGAAAUCCUAGUUUAAAGAGGAAAUAGUGGCCCUUGAUCAAACUAUUUAAUAUGGCCUUAGUAGAAUUAGCUGUAUUUAGACCAAGUUAGACUUUACUGUGAAAUGUAAUAGGUGGCUACAUUCUCGUUUUAAUUAAUGAAACUUAAAUGGCUUCUCUUCUUCCACAUGUCCUGUCCUUGACAAGAUGGGCAGUAUCACAAAAGGUCCUGGCAUUCUACCAUCUAACACUAGGAACUGUAAAAUCCUGUUUAAUAUUCUUCUUGUUUCUCUUUUAUCGGUGUAUCUUUGCCAUGCUAUUUUCUCAGUGAGUAGUAUGUUUUCUCCCAUUCACUGAUAAAUUCUCUCAUUUGAUGAUGAUACAGGGUUUUUAAUUUUUGCAAGAUUCUCAAUGCAAGCAUUAUUAUGUAUCUAGAAAUUAUACCUAGAGAAAAAUGAAAGUUGUUUCAAAUUUGAAAUUUGCCCUUUUAAGAGAAUGCUGAAUGUCAUCACAGUAUAUAAUCACUAUAUAAAUGUGCUGACUUACAGUUAUUUUAGUGUCUAUAUGACAUAUUUUGAGGAAAGUUGGCUGACGUUAUUUAAAUUUAAUAUACUAUAUUUUAGUGUUAUUGAACAUUUUAUCACUGAGCUUUUUUUCUUUAACCUGAAUUCCCUGGUUCCAUUUUUCAUUCAUAUUAAUCUAAAUAACUCCAGAUUUCUUUCUUAUAGUCAUUAUUAGUAGCAGAUGAGAUUAAUAAUUCACAUGUUUAUUAAAGAUAGUGGCUUAGAGAUUUUAAGAUAUAUUGAUAUAGGCCCGGGCGCUGUGGCUUACACCUGUAAUCCCAGCACUUUGGGAGGCUGAGGCGGGCGGAUCACAAGGUCAGGAGUUCGAGACCAGCCUGGCCAAUGUGGUGAAACCCCGUCUCUACUAAAAACACAAAAAUUAGCCAGGUGUGGUGGUGGGCGCCUGUAGUCCCAGCUACUUGGGAGGCUGAGGCAGGAAAAUCGCUUGAACCUGGGAGGCGGAGGUUGCAGUGAACCGAGAUUGUGCCACUGCACUCCAGCCUGGGGGACAGAGUGAGACUCUGUCUCAAAAAAAAGAUGAAAAAAAAGAUAUAUUAGUAUAGAUAGGUAGAUAUGAUAUUGUACUUUCAUGCCAUAAGACUACACAAUAAAGUUCCUGAAAGUUCCUGGCUGGGCGCAGUGGCUCAUGCCUGUAAUCCCAGCACUUUGGGAGGCCGAGGCAGGCAGAUCACCUGAGGUCGGGAGUUCUAGACCAGCCUGACCAACAUGGAGAAAUCCCGUCUCUACUAAAAAAAAAUACAAAAUUAGCCAGACGUGGUGGCACAUGCCUGUAAUCCCAGCUACUCGGGAGACUGAGGCAGGAGAAUCGCUUGAACCCAGGAGAUGGAGGUUGCGGUGAGCCGAGAUCACACCAUUGCACUCCAGCCUAGGCAACAAGAGUGAAACUCCGUCUCAAAAAUAAAUAAAGUUCCUGUGAAGUAUAUAAACAUGUCAACAGCAGGCUUGACUGUCACAAAAUUCUAAAAGAUGUGGUACUCUGUUCUUAUAUAGCAUAUGCUAAUUUAUUUAUUUAUUUUUUGAGAUUGAGUUUUGCUGUGUCACCCAGGUUGGAGUGCAGUGGCACGAUCAUGGCCCACUAAAGCCUUGACCCCUGGGGCUCAGAAGUUCUCCCAACUAAGCCUCCCAAAUAGCUGAGACUAGAGGUAUGUACCACCACACCUAGCUAUUUUUUUUAUUUUUAGUAAGGACAAGGUCUCAUUAUGUUGGCCAGGCUGGUCUCAAAUUCCUGAGUUCAGUUGAUCCUCCCACUUCCCAAAGUGCUGGGAUUACAGGUGCUGAGUUCAGUUGAUCCUCCCACCUCCCACCUCCCAAAGUGCUGGGAUUACAGGUGUAAGCCACCUCACCCUGCCUAUUCUUAUAAUCAUAUGUUUAUAUUUCAAAUGGAUUUUAACUGGUUAUUUAAUAGUUUAAUUAGAUAAAGUAAUUCAUGGCUGGGUGUGGUGGCUCACGCCUAUAAUCCCAACACUUUCGCUGGCUGAGGCAGGUGGAUCACCUGAGGCUGGGAGUUCGAGACCAGCCCGACCAACAUGGAGAAACCCCAUCUCUACUAAAAAUGCAAAAUUAGCAGGACGUGGUGGCACACACCUGUAAUCCCAGCUAGUCAGGAGGCUGAGGCAGGAGAAUUACUUGAGCCAGGGAAGCGGAGGUUGCGGUGAGCUAAGAUUGUGCCACUGUACUCCAGCCUGAGAUAACAAGACUCCGUCUCAAAAAACGAAAAAAAGAAAACUUUUUUACACAUGGGUAUCUCACCAUGUUGCCCAGGCUGGAGUGCAGUAGCUAUUCAUAGGCACAGUCAUAGCACACUGCAGCCUAGAAUUUCUGACCGCAAGCAAUCAUCCUGCCUCAGCCUCCUAAGUAGCUAGGACUACAGGUGCAUACCACCAUAACCAGCUUUAAUUAAAUGUUUUUUAUUUGGUUAUUUUUUUUUAAGUUUUCUGUAUUCACACAAGGGGUUGCCCAAAUAUAAUUUUGCUUUGACUAUUGAGAACUAGUGAAAGUGGGGUAUAUGAAUUCUAAUUGCAAAUAUCCAGGCUCAGAGGCCCAGCAGGACUUUCUAACACAAUCUUUUAGCGGAAGUUAGAAAUGGUAUAUAGCAGGAGAGUCACAUUUGAGAAGCAUAUGUAGAUUAGAAGCUGGGGGAAUAUGGCAGGUAGUUUGUACAACAUCUAAUUCAGAACAUUAAAAUUAAGAUUUUAGUCAAACAGUGUUUAAGUUAGCUCUUAUUUUCCUGUAGAUGCAUCUCACAGCAUCAGUACAAUACCAAAAAAACACACAAGAAUAAGAAUAUGUGGAAUUUCUAUACCUAUUGACAAAGCACAUAAUUUAACCAUAAACACAAAGCCAUAAGUCAACAAAGAAAUGAAGAUUCCAUUUCUGAAGGCGAAUUUUCUGAAGUCAAAGUGGAUACAUGCAAAAUUAAUAUAGUUUUACUGUAUAUCAGUUGUCACCAAUCAGAAAUGGAAAACAGAUCCUAUUUAUAAUUGCAAACAAAACUAUAAAAUAGACUUUUUAAAGUCUGGGAGUAGACUUUUAAAAUAAGCUAUAACACUUAAAAAGGAGAGAUAUACUAUGUUCCUAGAUAGGACAAUUGAAAAUUCUGGAGAUGACAGUUUUUCAAAAAUUUAUUGAGGCCAGGUGCAGUGGCCCACGCUUGUAAUCCCAGUACUUUGGGAGGCCGAGGUGAGUGGAUCACCUGAGGCUGGGAUUUCGAGACCAGCCUGACCAACAUGGAGAAACCCCGUCUCUACUAAAAAUACAAAAUUAGCCAGGCGUGGUGGUGCAUGCCUGUAAUCCCAGCUACUCAGGAGGCUGAGGCAUGAGAAUCGCUUGAACCCGGCAGGCGGAGGUUGCAGUGAGCCGAGAUCGCACCAUUGCACUCCAGCCUGGGCAACAAGAGCGAAACUCCAUCUCAAAAAAAGAAAAAACAUUUAUCGAAAUCCCAACAAAUUGACAAAUAUAUCCACAUAAAAAUAUAAAACGUCUGUAUUCUGUGAAAGCUACUAUAAAUAAAGUUUAGAGAAAGUUAUUUGCCACCUAUGUCAUGAUUGAAAUAGUUAAUUGAUCCUGUGAAUCAAUUAGCAAAACAUAAUAGAAAGAUGGGCAAAUGAUACAAAUAAAUUCACAAAAGAAAAAAUACUAAGUCUCUCUAGUGAUGAGAGAAAUGUAAAUUAAAAUGAAACAUGUUUGUUCAUUAAGUUGUCACAAGUUAAAGAAACAAUCAUAUCCAAUAUUUGUAAAGGUUGUAAGACUGUAGUCAUAUCAUUUUUAAAGGAAUAUAAAUUAUAGGGCCUUUUGUUUCUUUGGGUUUUUUUUUGUUUGUUUAUUUGUUUUGUUAGAGACAAAGUCUCUCCAUGUUGUCUAGGCUGGACUUGAACUUCUGUACUCAAGCAAUCCCCCCAACAUCAUUAAUAGCUGAGAGUAGAGACUCCAGCCACCACACCUGACUUUUUGAAAGGAAAAUUGACAUCAUCAAAAUUUUAAAUAUAUUCAGUCUAUUUCUCAAAAACUCAAAGAAUACUAAUAAAUGUGUACUCAGAUAUAUGUACAGAAAUUGCUGUAACAUUAUAAUUUUAAAACAAUUUAAAACAGACUAAGUUUCCAAAGUUAGGGUACAAUGAAAGAAAAGGUGGCUUAUUUAUACUCUGGAAUAUUUUCCAAAAGUUGAAAAGGAUGAGGAUACACACACACACACAGAUUGGGUAUCCCUAAUCCAGAAAUUCAAAUGCUCCAAAGUCCAAAACUUUCUGACCCACCAACAUGACUGAUGCUCAAAGGAAGUGGCCACUGGAAGAUUUCAGAUUUUCAGAUUUGGAAUGCUCAGCCAGUAAGUAUAUAAUGCAAAUAAGCCAAAAUACAAAAAAAAAAAAAAAAAAAAAGAAAUCUGAAACACUUCUGAUCCCAAGCAUUUCAGAAAACGGAUAUUCAUCGUGUGUGUGUGUGUGUGUGUGUGUGUGUGUGUGUGUUUAAGCAGGUAUUGCUAGAAAUUCACUUAUAUACAAGAAAAUUAUUUUUGUGUACAUAUUUGCAUAUACAUGUACAAAUGGGUAGAAAGGAUACAUGAUAAAUGUUAAUCGGGGAGGAAAAGAGAUUUAGGGAAGGAAGCAGUAAAUGAGAACUUUUAUUCUGUUUACUCCUGUACGUUUAAAUAUUGUUUACAGUGAGUAUAUCAACAUGUAAGUGUUAAAAGACAAUAAGCUACUAGUGAUUUUUAAUAUAAAAUUAAUUAUAAAAUAUUUUAAAUAUUAGCAAAUAAUAUAGCACACUCAUGAACCUAAUUCCCACGUUUGAUAGCUAUUACAUUUUGCCAUAUUUGUUUAAAGGUCUAAGUCAUAAAAUCUUAUAAAGCUAAACCCCACCCUUCUCUUUCUCCUCUCUCCAGGGAUAAUUACUGUUUUAUAGUUUGUGGAUAUCAUUCCCAUACUUGUGUUUAUACUUUUACCAAGCGUGUAUGUAUUCAAAAAACAGUUGUUUUGUGAUUUUAAAAUGUAAAUGAAUGGUGUUAUGCUCCAUGUAUUCUGCAACUUUUCAUCAUACAUUAGGUUUUGGCGAUUUAGCCAUAAUUUGGCAUGAAUUCAGGUCUUUUAUGUUUUAUUCCAUUGUAAGAAUAAACAAGUUUGUUUAUUCA